GAAAGCCCGGGCAGAUCCCGGUGAGGCGGUCAGCCGAUCCUCCCUGAGGAACCAGAAAUAGCCCACGGCGGACUGCUCCCCAUCCCGAACCGCGAGCGACAUGAGCCACGGGAAGAGAAGCGACAUGCUCCCGGAGAUCGCCGCCGCCGUGGGCUUUCUCUCCAGUCUCCUGAGGACCCGGGGCUGCGUGAGUGAGCAGCGACUUAAGGUUUUCAGCGGGGCUCUCCAGGAGGCACUAACAGAGCAUUACAGACACCACUGGUUUCCUGAAAAGCCAUCCAAGGGCUCUGGCUACCGCUGCAUCCGCAUCAACCACAAGAUGGACCCCAUCAUCAGCAAGGUGGCCAGCCAGAUCGGACUCAGCCAGCCCCAGCUACACUGGCUGCUGCCCAGUGAGCUGACCCUGUGGGUGGACCCCUACGAGGUGUCCUACCGCAUCGGAGAAGAUGGCUCCAUCUGUGUCCUGUAUGAGGAGGCUCCGGUGGCCACCUCCUGUGGGCUCCUCACCUGUAAGAACCAAAUCAUGCUGGGCAGGAGCAGCCCCUCGAAGAACUACGUGAUGGCUGUCUCCAGCUAGACCCCCACGCCCCUACCCGGCAUUCUACUGUACUCAUCAGCUGUGACAACAGGCCACUGCAUACCUCAACCUGGGGAACUGUAUUUUUAAAUGAAGAGCUAUUUAUAUGUAUAUUAUUUUUUUUAAGAAAAGAGAAAAACCAAAAGUUUUUUUUUUUUUUUAAGAAAAAAAAAAAUCCUUAAAGGGAGCUGCUCAGAAGUGGCCUCCCCAGGUGCCUUUGGAGAGAACUGUUGUGCGCAUGAGUCUGUGAGCCAGUGUCUGCCUAUGGGAAGGGAGAGGCCAAGCCAGGGUGCCGGGAAAAGGUUGGCCAGUAUCCCAGGCCAGGUUAGCAACUGUGAAUAAGAGAGGUCAGGAUCUGCCCUGGGUAGGGGGAGCAUUGAGACUCUCUCCCAGCCAGGACAUAAGCUUGCCUGGCUCCUCUCUUGGGGCAUUCACUCCUGAACUUAAAUAAUACUUUGUCGCCUAAUCUUCUCCUAUUUUUCUGAUGAGAUCUUGGGCAGAGUGAAAAGGCCUCUUCUUAUUCCUUCUGUCCUGAACAGCCUUUCUUGAAAUCAUGUUUCAGUUUCUAAUUCUACCCUCAGGGGCCUGUAGAGGUUGCUUCCCAGCCAGGAAUCUAAAGCUUUUAGGGCAGAGGGAGUGUGAAGGCAGGGGUGGGAGGUCUUUGGUGUUAGGAUGGAAGAGAACUCGGGCACAAAACCUUUACUCUGCUGCAUGCUGCUUUGUGUGUCUGUGUGGUGAAUAAUUUGGGGAUGAUUUGCAAUGGAAUUUUGGGAUCCAAAGAUAUCCACUGGGGAUGUUUUUUGGCCAAGAUGCUUCUUUUUGGAACCACAUGAAAGUCCUGGUGCUGCUACUAUUCCUUUGAGAGGUGGCUCAAAAGCUACAAGGAACUCCAGGUCUUUUAUUACUGCCUUCUUUGCAAAAGCACAAUACUCCUUUCUCUCCUCUUCCCCUCUCUCCCGUCUGGUUAGGUCUUGGAACUACCCAAUUUUCUAAGACAAGAGUUCUCAAUCACUGUGCAAUAGACCCCCCAGGGUCCCUGGAGGCUCUGUAGGAGAACUGGCUCCCAGCACCUGCUGGUGAUCCAGUGGGUUUAGAGACCCUUCUCUCCUGCCCUCCUCAGAGACUGUAGCCAGGAGGUGCAGGUGUGACCUUGCAGGUCUUCCUGGGCUGAAGGGGAGAGUGCCUGUGCUCUGCAGGACUACCUGGUAUUCUUGUGGGGCUGACACUAAAAGCCAAACCUCUCGCACUGUUUUUUGUCCCUGGUGCUCAGAGCACCUGUGAGAGAGCUUGCUGUCCCGUUCAGUAAAAUCCAAAUCUAUCUGUAGACUUGUGCAAUAUUUACUGUCCUGGACUGGGGAAGAAUAGAAAACUAUGCUGGGAAGAUAACCCUUUCCUUCGGUUUCCCAGUGACAUUGAUGAGGGCCUGGAGUCUCCCAAACCGAGUCACCUUAAGAAGGACAGAGCUAGAGCAUCUGGUCACCCUGGCUUCCCUCCUACUGUUGCCCCUUAGUGAGGACCCCGCCCCUACCUACUGCUAAUCUUACCUCCUAGAUUUCCAAACUACUCAGUUUUGACUCAAAGGUGCUAUUUACCAAACACUCCCUUCCCCACUCCUGCCCUUCCACCCCCCAGCUUUCUGCUACCUCCUCCGACCCUGCUUCCAGUCUUUAUUGCUUUAAAGUUAACUGGGCCCAUAGUCCCAGGUGCUGUUCUGUGGCCUGUGGGUUGAAACAAAGCUGUGAAUCACUGCAGAUUGUGUUCCUGCCUCUCCAUCCACGAACAGGUCCCUGCCUUCUUAGGAGCAGCCUGAAAGUUUCAUGCUUAAUCUUUUUUCUCUUCUCAUUGAUGUUCACUUUAAAAACAACAAAACCCCCAGACCAGAGCUGGACUGUUGAGCAGGCCUGUCUCUCUAUUAAGUAAAAAUAAAUAAUAGUAUGUUUGUAAAGCUAUUCUGACAGAAAAGACAAAGGUUACUAAUUGUAUAAUAGUGUUUUUAUAUGGAAGAUUGUACAGCUUUAUGGAUAAAUGUACACUUUUUUUGUUACUUUAAUAAAAAUGUAGCAGAUGAAGUCUGUGCUGGAGAGAA